UAAUUUUUUUAUAGUAGCUGUUUAAACCGAUGUUAGUCGACCUCGAGUGGAACACAUUGAAUCUGCAAGUUAGCAAAUACUUAGUCUGUGGGAAAUUCAGGAUUUUAUUUCUCUGCUUCUGACUGUCAUCCAGUUAAACCCGGUUAACUAAACAUGUUGUGCUGAUAUUAAUGGGGUAUUUUUUAUGGUAGCCAGUUCCAAGCCGUCGCUCAUUGAGGGCGACCAAAAGAACGCACGGUAUACAAAUACUGAUCGGAGGCAUCAUCCGGGACUUGCAGAGCCGGCUGCGAGCAAAGCCAUAGUAAAGAUCAAAGCUACUUUACUCUACUAGCGAAAAAAAAAAAAAAACAAAAAAACAAAAAAACAAUGGCUAUGUUCCCUUCCAGGUGAUGUCCAGUAUGUAAGAAAUUUAUUUUCUUACACGUCUUCACCUGUCAUUUGCUUGCACAAAAGAUUGCAUCGGUUUUCAUCUAAAAAAAAAAAAAAAUAGAUAACUUGCGAAACGAAAAAAAAUAUUUCAGUGUAGAUCGUAAAGGUAAUUUACAUGUAACGGUAAUCAAAGUGUGGAAAAAAUUUUGUUGCGAUUUGUUCCAUUCUAGUUUGCUUGCGGUCAGAUUCAAUACCCUCGGUUUGUGGUGUCUCGCCCUGAAACCAUUACGUUAAACGUUUUAACAUAAAUGUUGUUCUUUGUAAUUAAUUCUCCCAGACACACCUACAAGAAAUUGCGUGUAUUCUCCUUUCAGUUCCUUGUGCAACAAAAUUCGAAAUGUUUUUAGCACAUCGCGUUAUUGUUGAGUAUAGUCCCGGCCCUGACCUACAAGCUUGAACAUGAUAGGAUGGAGAUAUGGAUGAUGAAAGGAAAAUGAAUUAUGAAUGAAGCAAUGAAAGAACCAACGAGACGGUGACUGGCGUGAGUUCUGAAUGAGUCGGUUAGACAAUGGUGGAAAAGAAAACCAUAGGUUAGCAGAUAGUACAUUAUUUUUCAAGGUCAAGGUCUGUCACUUUCAAGGUUAUAUCGUUCAAAUGAGAUUUCUAUUAAUCAUUCAACUUUCCAGUGAGAUACUGCCUUGAAGGCAUUUGUCCGCUCAGAACCCAAACAAUCAUUUUUUUUUAAUUAAUGCGGCGUAAGAAAUUAUCUCAACGUGUUUUGGUGAACAUCUUGAAAAUGUAAAAAAUACGGCCUCACUUUUGAGCAAGGCGUUAGAUUUGAUUAUAUUUUGUCAAGAAAAGGUUUAAUAAAAGGACAUUGUGAAAUAAUGGCAAUAUUGCGCUACGAUUUUCUUAUAAAGUUCGUAAGCUCUAAUUUGUCGUAUUUCUCGUAUUUUCGUCUCUUGGCAUCCUUUAUCGCAUUUAUAUCUGCAUUUGAAUUUCGUUCCAUUGACACUGGAAGCCGGAAUCUAAUUGGAUAAAACUUACACUUUUGUCUUUCGUGAGAUCUGAUUGGCUCAGAGAGAUAAAAGAAGGUUCGUCAUUUCCUACACAUGAAAACAAUCCCGUUUUUUACGACAAAGCAAACAGCUGGGUCCGUUUACUUUCAAGAAAACCUGAAGUGAUGUCUUCUUCAAAAAGGCCAAGGCUUUGCACAGAGUACUACCGGAAAUCUAAGAAAUGUUCUUCGAACUUGCGGGGCUGUAGUUUGAAGAGGGACAGGCCACGAAGAAAAUGCAGCACUGAUCGUACUUCGAUGGAUGAAAAAUACUGUCGCUUAGAAAGUGAGGAGUCGAUCAUCCGGUUUACACGAAAUCUCGACACAAAAAGCAGUCCAACACGAAGCCCCAAUCGAAAGAGAUCGUGUAAACUUACGAGUUCCACUAAUCAACGGUCUUCAUCCCAGAGAGAUGUUUCAAACUGUUAUAUCAAAGCUGUUCCUGAUGAGGUUCUGCUUCAGAUAUGUUCCUAUCUUCAAGAGGGAGACCUUUGCCACAUGGCACAAACAUGUAACAGACUUAAUACCAUUUGCCAGGAUGGCUGUUUAUGGCGAUCUCUCUAUAGUCAAGUAUUUGAGAUGGCGAACAUCUUGAUAAAGAAUUCUGAAGGCAUCUAUAUUAACCAAGAACCUGAAAAUGACUUGUGCUGGAAAAAAAGCUUCUGUGCAUUUUAUCAUGCCCACCAUGUUUAUCCUACCACUGCCAAACAGAGGAAAUUAAAUCCAGCACAAUACACAGGAAGAAAAAUAAAUUAUCAUGAAACAGUCAAAGAGGCCUUGGAUGCUGUGCAAGAAGAUGGCAUCAUAAUUGUACACAGUGGUGUGUAUUAUGAAGAACUGUCUAUCAGCAAGCCUGUCGCAAUCAUUGGAGCAGCUAAGAGUGAAGACAAUCCUGUGGUCAUUCAGUGUGACUCUUCAACAGUUGUUAGUUUCAAUGCUGGUUCAGGCAAUUCUUUCCUUGGACAUGUCACCUUGAAGAACAACCCAAACGGCGAAUCUGAGGUGAUCAGAUCAGGCUGUGUGGAGGUUGUCGACGACUGUGCCCCUUCAAUCUACAACUGCAAGCUUACCAGUCUUGCUAGCGCUGGUGCCACGGUUUACGUGCAUGGAAGAGGAGCCAGACCUAUGUUGUCGAAAUGUUUUAUCUCAGACUCAGAAAAUGUUGGCAUUUUCAUCACAGAUGAUGCACAGGGAACAUAUGAAGACUGUGAGAUCACAAACAUCAAGCUAGCAGGGGUCUGGGUACGAAACCAUGCCAGUCCUAUCAUGAGAAGGAAUAAAGUGCAUCACGGCAGAGAUGUUGGCUUCUUUAUCUUCGAUUAUGGAUUGGGUUAUUAUGAAGGAAAUGAUGUAUACAACAACCGUAUCGCCGGGUUUGAGAUUCGGUCUCACGCCAAUCCAACUGUUGUUGGCUGUAAGAUACACCACGGGAUGACGGGCGGCAUAUACUGUCAUGACGAUGCACGCGGUGAAUUCCUGGAAAAUAAGAUCUACUCUAACACAUACGCUGGAGUUUGGAUCACGUCACAGAGCAAUCCAACCAUAAAGAACAACGAGAUCUACGGUGGACAACAAGGAGGAGUUUAUGUAUUUGGUGAAGGAAAGGGAUUAAUUGAAGGAAACAACAUUCACGACAAUGCACUGGCCGGAAUCCAGAUCAGAACCAAGAGUAAUCCUAUUGUUCGCUGCAACAGAAUACACAGCGGACUUCACGGAGGAAUCUAUGUGCACGAGGAAGGCAUAGGACUGAUAGAGGACAACGAAAUCAACAACAACACCCUGGCUGGUGUGUGGAUCACCACAGGAAGUACGCCCACACUCAGAAACAACAGGAUUCACAGCGGAAAACAGGUUGGAGUUUACUUCUAUGAUGGAGGAUGUGGAAUUCUCGAGGAAAACGAAAUCUUCAACCACAAGUACUCAGGAAUACAAAUAAGGUCGGGAAGCAAUCCCUGUAUAAGAAGAAAUAAGAUUUGGGGAGGACAGAAUGGAGGCGUUCUGGUCUACAAUGGAGGUCUUGGCCUGUUAGAAGAAAACGAGAUUUUCGACAAUGCGAUGGCAGGUGUCUGGAUCAAGACUGAGAGUAACCCAGUCCUUCGGAGAAACAAGAUUCACGACGGUCGGGAAGGAGGAGUGUGUGUGUUCAACCAUGGAAAGGGCGUUUUAGAGAAUAAUGACAUCUUUCGAAAUGCCUUGACAGGUGUGCUUAUCAGUACAGCCAGUUUUCCUGUGUUGAAAAGUAAUCGUAUUUUUGAUGGUGGUGCCGCAGGAAUUGAGAUAACAAACAGUGCUGGCGGAGUUCUGGAAGAAAACGAAGUCUUCAAUAACCGGUUUGACGGAAUCUGUCUGGCAACUGGUGUCGAGCCCAAACUUAGCAAUAACAAAGUACACGGUAAUAGAAGAGAAGUUGAGAAAGCUAUAGAGUCUUGUCGCUGUUUGUAUCAAGUGUCUGGUAACACGUGUUUUCCCAUGCACGAUUUUUACAGGUGCACCACCUGUGGUACGUCGGAUGGUUAUGCCAUUUGCGUCAGCUGCGUGAAAGGAUGUCACGAGGGACAUGACGUGAAGUUUGUCAGACGUGACAGGUUUUUCUGCGACUGUGGAGCAGGUUCUAGUGGAGUUCUUUGUAAACUUGUCAGCGGUAAUUGCUGGUCAGUGACAUCCCGGACGCAGGCAGCGAGAGUGGCCAGCGGUGGUCAGACAGAAACGUCUGCGCAAGAAGUUCGAGGGAAUCAGGCGCUUUGCGUUUCUUAACGACUCGAGGAUAUCGAAGAAAAUUAAAGAAUCUGAUAGCAACAUUAAGAUUUAAAAGAGAAAACAAGUUUUAAAAAGUUUUAAAU